UGAAUCGAAUGACAUGUUUGAGGCAACUCAAGAGUCUGUGAACCAUUGACGUAGCGGGCUAUCGAUGGUUUCAAACGCUGGCAAAAGAAAAAGCCUCAAUUGUCAAGUUGGAGGGUUGACUGCGACAACGGAAAGUCUACGGCCAUCAACGUCAGAAAAGGCGGUUCGGGCGCAGAGCAAGCCGACAACCGUCGAGAUGCGGCCAAUCAAGAAUACAAGCACCGAUGUGGUCCGCAUCAUGAUUCGAGUCCAGCCACACGCAGCCAAGCAUCUCAUGUCACCUUGAUCUUCUGUCCACUUCAUCCCAACUUCAGUCUUCAAUCUUCUUCAAUUGACCAUACCACCAUCCAUCAAUCUUCCCCAACAUCGACUAUCGUAUAGUGCUCCCCCGCACUCUUGCCGCAGCUCCAUCCGCAACCCGCACUAUACUGCUCAACAAAUACACAAGCCGCAUCGCAACUUCGCUGUCAUGCCUAUCAUCAGGAAUCCCUUCCGUCGCACCGAGGAGACUGCGCGUCCAGUCGAACCUCAGCCCGAGAGUCGCAAGGUCUCCGCCCCUCGGUCAAUCGAGAUCAAAGAGCCUGCCGAAUACAAGUUGAGCGAAAUCAACGACAGCGGUGUCUAUCUUCCUCCUUCUCCCACCGAGCGCAAGGCCUUCUGGUCGACCAAGUCAAGCAGCUCCACCAACUCUUCUACCAACCACCGUGCCAUGCUCAGCGAAGAGCCAUUCAACAUUUCUAGAGAAUCAUUCGACUCAUACAGACGCUCCUUUGACAUUUCGGCUCGCUCACCCGUCAUUCCCCCCGAGGGUCGUCCCCGUCAAUCUCUCGACUCGUCCCAUCACCGCCAGCCUCCACGCAGCUCCCUGGCUCUCAACAGACCCCUUCCCACAGCAGAUGAAGGUUUCGAGGACGUCGGUCUCGAAGACCCAAAGCCAAAGAAGCGCGGUUUCUUGUCUCGCUUGACAGACAGCAACGACGACGGCCCAGACAGCAGACCAACGUCGAGCCACCACGGCUUUCACUUUGGCAGCGGUCGCAAGCGUGGCCAGAGUGGAACCGGUGCUGAGCUCAAACCAAUGGCCGACAAGUCAAACGACGAGUAAUUUCGUUCCCAUUAUAAUUUCUUCAAACUCUGGGAUAUAGGGCAUCAAUUUGGGAUGGCCUAAGGGGAAAGGCAAGGAACAGGAUUUGGCACAAUUCGAAUGGUUUUGGGAUCUUCUUACGGCGACUAUUACAGGCGUUUGAACGGACGAGGGGAAGUGGUAUCUUCCAGGUCCAAGGCUCACAGAGAGAUGAGUCAGAGUCUUAUUGAGAGAGCAGGCGAUGGAUAUACAUAUCGAUCCAUAGUGUAUACUUACUGUACACGACAUAAUGAACGG